AUGCUCACACAGACACUGCCUGAGCCUCACGUCCCUGGAGAAAGGCAGAUUUCCUUAUUUUCCAGUCCCAGCACCCCAUGGCCUGGGGGAAAAGUUUACUGGUUCAGCCAGAGAGAUGGAUGGACAGCAUUUGCUGAAUCACAGAUAUCUCUCUCAUGCAGUCUUUGUCUCCACAGUGGUGACCAGGAGGCACAGAACCCAGAUCUGCUAUCCUAGCUCUGUGGAGUCUUCCUUCAAAAUGAGACUAAUAAAAUCACACAUAUGCUAAUGAGCAUGGCAGUGGGGCAGCAGGCCAUGCCCUUGAAGAUCAUUGCCCCCACAGCUGUGCUGGUCUCCCUCUGUGAGGUCUUACUGAAUGGCACUGUCUUCUGGCUGCUUUGCUGUGGGCCCACGAAUCCCUACACAGUGUACAGCCUCCACCUGGCUGCUGCUGGUGUGAUCUAUCUUUGCUGCUCAGCUGUGAGGUUCUUACAAAAGAUUCUGCUAACUUAUCAUGGAGCUUGUUAAACUAUCAGAGUUGUGUUUUUUAUCCCUAAUUUCCUGGCCAUAGUGUCUCCCUUUUCCGUUGUGGUGUGCCUCUGUCUCCUGGUGGCCAUCAACCCCAUCUGGUACAGAUGCCACCGCCCAAAGUACACAUCUACUGUUGUUUGCAGCCUUAUCUGGGCCCUGUCUCUUUGCACCAACAUAGUAAAUUCACUUUUCCUAAUUUACUGGAAACAUGUAGAGGCAUGUGUCAUAUUUCUAAAGAUUUUUGAGCUCUUCCAUGGUAUCCUUUUACUUGUGAUGUGUGCCAGUCUGACUCUGCUCAUUAGACUCCUGUAGGCCACCAGGGUCUAUGUGGUCCUGCAGAUCUCAGCCACCGUGUUCCUGCUCUGGGUCCUACUGCUGACCGUGGCAUCCUUCAUAUCAGAUUUCAAAAUGUUGGUCACCACUUCCUAUUUAAUUUCUUUGUUCCUCAUUAUAAACACCAGCGCCAACCCUAUCAUUUAUUUCUUUGUGGGGAGCCUCAGAAAGAAAAGGCUGAAGGAACCUCUCAGAGUGAUUCUCCAAUGGGCAUUAGCAGAUAAGCCAGAGCUGGGGAGGAACACAAAGGCAGUUGGCAUUGACUCUAUGGAGCAGCGGGACUCUACUCAGUAUGUGGAGAAUCUUCUUCCCAUGGAGCACCGAGUCAAAGUGGAAACAUGA